UCCUCCAAACAAGAUCCUUCUGGAUACAAAGAUGCCAUGUUUCCUGUGUUUGCUGUGGAAUUCGGCAUGAAUUAACGCGUGAACGCAGGUCUGGAUAUUUGUCGUUGUGGAGUUAUGAACUUAUGAAGGCAAUGCAAGUUUGCAGUGUGGUCUGACAUGAGGAAUAUUAUGCGCGUCUGAUGGAUGGAUGGAUGGAUGGAACUUCCUCUAUGAAGAGAUUCUGGGCCCGAGUGGAUUUCAUGUGUGUGUAAAAUAAGAUUCACGGCGGAUGAAACAAACUCAUCGAAAUCAUGAAGGUCUGUUCGUCUCACAUCUGCGUGUAAGACAUCUCAGGAACAUCCGUAAAUUGCUGGGAAUUGGCCAUGGCAGGAACACUUUCAGGACGUCUCUGAAACCUUCCCAUGUUGGUCAAACUGCUCGAGAUCUCACGUAUGCGGUUGAGUUUGUGUUGUGGAGAGAUUGAAGUGAACAGCAGAAGGGUCUGAGACACCUGUCAGUGACAGAGAGCAUGAAGGAGAAGUCGAAGAACGCGGCGCGGACGCGUCGGGAGAAGGAGAACAGCGAGUUUUACGAGCUGGCCAAACUGCUGCCUCUGCCCUCAGCCAUCACCUCACAGCUGGACAAAGCCUCCAUCAUCAGACUCACCACCAGCUACCUGAAAAUGAGGAUAGUCUUCCCAGAAGGUCUUGGGGAAUCUUGGGGCCAUGUGAGUCGAGCGAGUUCUCUGGACAAUGUGGGCCGAGAAUUAGGAUCACAUCUGCUUCAGACAUUGGAUGGCUUCAUUUUUGUGGUAGCUCCUGAUGGAAAAAUUAUGUACAUUUCUGAAACCGCAUCAGUGCAUUUAGGCUUGUCACAGGUAGAGCUGACGGGGAACAGCAUUUAUGAAUACAUCCACCCCGCAGACCACGACGAGAUGACUGCGGUCCUGACGGCUCACCAGCCGUAUCAUUCACACUUUGUCCACGAAUAUGAAAUGGAAAGAUCUUUUUUCCUGAGAAUGAAAUGCGUCCUUGCUAAAAGAAACGCAGGCUUGACGUGUGGUGGUUACAAGGUAAUUCACUGCAGCGGCUAUCUGAAGAUUCGUCAGUACAGUUUAGACAUGUCUCCGUUUGACGGCUGUUAUCAGAACGUGGGUCUGGUGGCUGUAGGUCACUCUCUCCCCCCCAGCGCAGUAACCGAGAUCAAGCUCCACAGCAAUAUGUUCAUGUUCAGAGCAAGCCUGGACAUGAAACUCAUUUUCCUGGACUCCAGGGUUGCGGAGCUCACUGGCUACGAGCCACAAGACUUAAUAGAGAAGACACUUUAUCAUCACGUCCACAGCUGUGACACUUUCCAUCUCCGCUGCGCGCACCACUUGUUGUUGGUAAAAGGACAAGUCACCACCAAAUACUACCGAUUCCUGGCUAAGCAGGGUGGGUGGGUGUGGGUACAGAGUUACGCUACUAUCGUACACAACAGCAGAUCGUCCAGACCGCACUGCAUCGUCAGCGUCAACUACGUCCUCACGGACACGGAAUACAAAGGACUACAGUUGUCCUUAGAUCAGGUGACGUCCACUAAACCCUCGUUUGCGUACAACAGCCCCACCAACCCCAUCAGCGAGAACAGAAGAGUCGGCAAAAGCAGAGUCUCGCGUACCAAGACCAAAACAAGACUCUCUCCCUAUUCACAGUAUCCUGGUUUCCCCACAGAUCGCUCGGAGUCGGAUCAGGAUAGCCCGUGGGGAGGGAGCCCACUCACGGACUCUGCAUCUCCUCAGCUUCUGGAACAGUGUGAAGGCAUAGAGUCCUCAUGCGUGUACCGGCAGUUCUCGGAACCACGGCCGCUGUGCUACGGCCUACCGCUGACAGACGACCACCAUACCUCCAGCGACCUCUACGGCCACACUCACUCCGAGUCCUGCGAAAGGGGUCGCUGUAAGGCUGGGCGAUACUUCCUGGGCACUCCUCAGCCCGGACGAGAGGCAUGGUGGGGUGCAGCCCGCUCUGUCCUUCCGUUACCCAAGUCUUCGUCUGAGAACGGGGACAGUUUUGAAGGCGUGAUGCCCCACAUCACCUCUAUCCAUAGCCUGCAAGUGAGGGGUCACUGGGACGAGGACAGCGUGGUCAGCUCACCUGACACGAGCGAUUCAGGCGACCGAUACCGUGGUGACCAAUGCCGCGCAAGUCCUCAAGAGCCCAGCAAGAUUGAGACGUUGAUUCGAGCCACACAACAGAUGAUCAAAGAGGAGGAAAGUCGUCUGCAGUUGAGAAAGGCUCCUACAGAAAUCCCUUUGGAGUCUACAAACGGUCUGGCCAAGAGCCACGGCUCCUCGUUUCACAGUACCGACUAUCCCCAGUCGGCAUUGCAGAGUGUGGUGUGUCGGGGGCCGGCUCAGGUUAUAAGCCCCGCCCCUAGUCCUGUUCCUCUGUCCCGUCUCAGCAGCCCCAUCCCUGACAGACUGGGUAAAAGUAAAGACUUCCUGCAAAAUGAGCUCUCCUCUUCUCAGCAACACCAGCAGCCACUGCCCCUGACGGGCACAUGUGCUGUCUCUCCGACUCCAGCACUAUACCCCUCACACCCCCGCCAGUACCUGGAAAAACACACGGCCUACUCGCUCACCAGCUACGCACUAGAACAUCUGUACGAGGCAGACAGCUUUAGAGGAUACUCCCUGGGUUGCUCAGGUUCCUCCCAUUAUGACAUGGCCACUCAUCUACGCAUGCAGGCUGAACAAGCACCCGGCCAUAAAGGCACCUCUGUCAUUAUCACCAACGGCAGCUGAUGCUUAUCAAAUCACGAACCGCCACGCAGUGCUUCACCCUCUCACUCAAGCUAGCCUAGAAGUUCUGAUUUGAUUUUGUUUUUUUGUUCCUACAAAUUCUACAAAUACUUUUUCCUUAAUUCUUCAUUGUUUUUGAGUAAAAAAAAAAGUAAACAUCCUUAAAACAAACAUUUACUUAAGAAGCAAAAUUGCUUACGAUUUUCAGUUUUUUUUUUUUAAAUACUGAGUUUUAUGCUUAAGAAGAAAAAUAAAAAGCUAAUAGAAAGUAAAUAAAUCUUAAAUUAUGCAAUCUUGUAUAAGUAAACUGAUCUUAUUUUAAGGAUGUUUAGAUAUUUUUACUGGAAAACAAAGCAAAAAAUACUGUAUACUGCAGUAUAUUAAGGGAUGUGAGUUCUUGAUCUGUGAAUCUGUGAAAGAACAUUUGAUUCAUUUGUUCACAGAUAAGGGAUUCCAUUAAAAGGGUUUGUUUGUCAAAUACUUUAUAUACCUGAUUAUUACUUUUUUGUUUUCUUGACCACUAUUAUAAGCUGUAAAUGCUUGAAUGAAUGGGGACUGUCCAAAUCAGAGAGAUUUAAUGAGAAGCACGAAUUACGUGACCUUGUAACAGCACAUUGAUAGGAUAGUUUCAAAAAUCCACACAGCAAAAUCAUUUAAUUAAUUUUAUUUUCUGUAGUUCACAUUUGGAUUUGGGUUACUGAAUUGUUGGGUCACAAUACUUUGUGGUUAAGCGAUAUGUAAAUUGAAAUUUUGGAUUUUUUUUUUUUUUUUAUUUCUCGUUCAUUAGUUUGUUUGUUUUUGAUGCAACAGUUCUACAUCCAUGACCUCAAAUUCCAUCCAGGUUUUAGUCGUUCGCACUCUAUACUUGAGACACAGCAGUAGCCUGAUUUUAACCAGUCCAUCUGUGGCAUUGGGGGAAAUGCAUUAUAAUAUAACAAGAAAAAUUGAAGUAGCAUGCAAAGUGCAGGUUAUCGUAGGACUGAAUCUUAGCUCAUUUGUGUACUGGGAUACUUUUUGUAGUUGCAUAUGCUGUCCAUCUGUGUUUGGACCCAAUUCAGUCUUUUAAGUCAAAGGCUUGAAGAUUCAAUUUAAGACUUUUAUUUUUUUAAACAAGAAACCGGUUGAGCACAUUAUUGUGUUAUAGAGUUGAACAAAUGAUUUUUGUCCUUCUGCAAGCCUCUAACAUGUCAGCCUUUAAAAUGAAAACCGAGAUUAUGCAAUUCUGAAACACAUCUGAUUUUAUUCAAACAAAUGGAACAAUAAUAGAAAUGAACUAAGUGACGACUUUUGCGCUGGUUCGAUUAGAAGGUCUGGAAAUGUGUUUUUGGCCCGAUUGAUGAUUGACUGCUGCGGUGCUGGAGGGCUUUGAGUCGAGCUGCUGUUUGGUGUUUUGAGGUUCCACACUGGAGGAGUCCAAAGUCUGAUAUGGACGUUAAAGGGGGGAUUUUCUGACAGACUCGACCCCGUACCUCACUCCUUCUUCAUGUAUUUAUAAAAAAAAAAAAAAAAAAAAAAAAAAAAACUGACUCUGUUUGGAAAGCUGUUUUUCUCUAAAUGAGAGAAACUCUGAAAAAAAAAUAAUAUUUAUGAUGUACAUACGCAAAAUACAUCCCUGCCCCCCACCCACACCAAAUAAAAUGAUGCAAAAGUUGCAGAAUGGUAUUGCAAAAUGUAUUUAUUAUGUGAAUGAAAAAUGUCUUUUGUUUUAAAAUAUCACAGUGUGUGUGUGUUUAUUUAUAAUUUUCAGUUUUGCAUCCAAAUUACAUGCCAUUGUUUCCUUUCACGCGUCAAUGUUUUUAAACAUACAAUGGAAAGUAUUUUAAUUUGUUUUCAUAUUACAGCAAAACUGUUUAGAAUAAUAUAUUUCGAAACUGGUUCUGCCUUUGCUUUUAGUCUUGACAUUGUUCAUCCAGCGCGACCUUGGAGAACUCAGGUGAAAAAGAUCUUGAAAUAACAAAUAUAUCCACAUAAAUUUGAUCUUUAUUCAUGUUUAA